AUGAUUCAGGAGUCUCCUAUUCACCUGUUGCAAACUAGGCUGCUUUUUUUGCCAGCUGCAGCUGCACUCCGGCUUUGGAACCCCGGCGUGAAAGACCCGGAGGAGCUGGCUGCCCAAUGCGCUUUGCAGAAAGGCGCUCGCUGGCUGGCUGUCCGCCGCUGCUGUGGGCCAGGGCGGACGUGGGAACCCGGGGGCCUCGGUCCUCCCCAUCAGCUCGGCCAGAUGCGAGAAGUCCGCUUCGGGGAGCAAGCCGUCUGGGAAGCGUCCGUCCCGGGGCAGGCUCGGCGCGCUGCUCUCGCCCCGCCGCUGCUCCUGCUGCCGCUGCACCGCCGGCGGGCCAUGCGGCUGGGCGCAGGCGGCGGGCGCGCUGCCCGGGCGCUGCUGCUGCUGCUGCUGGCGGCGGCGGCGGCGGCCACAGUGUGCGGAGCGGCGAGCGCGCAGGGGACGCGGCUGCCCGGCGGUCAAGUCAUCUGCCGGGGAGGAACCCAGAGACCAUGCUACAAAUUUGUUUACUUUCAUAAUGUCCUGCGCAGGGUCGGCUUUAAUGAAGCCCUUCAGUCCUGCAGAAGAGACGGAGGAGACCUAGUCAGUAUUGAAUCACACUCGGAACAAAAACUGAUAGAGAAGAUUAUUGGGAGUUUAUCAGCCUCUGAUGGUGAUUUCUGGAUUGGACUUACAAGAGAAGAUGACCUGGGCAACAGCACUGACUGCCCAAGCUUGUACUCCUGGACUGAUGGGAGUUCAUCCACAUUUCAUAACUGGUAUGCAGAUGAGCCCUCCUGUGGAGGUGAAAUCUGUGUUGUGAUGUAUCACCAGCCCUCUGCACCCGACGGCGAUGGGGGCCCUUACAUGUUUCAGUGGAACGACGACAGGUGCAACAUGAGGAACAAUUUCAUCUGCAAAUACUCCCAGGAAAAGCCAACUGUUGCCUCUGAAAUGAACACCUCUCAACCAGAGAUUGUAAGGGAGUCUUCUACACUCACUUCUCCAGAAGAACCCACUCAAGAAGAUAUGAUAAAUACAACCCUCAAAGAUGCGAAAGAAUCCGUUUGGAGCCUUGAGUACAUCUUAGUCCCCAUCAUUCCUGUGCUGCUGCUCCUCUUGGUCAUCACAGCCAUUUUCAUCUUUUGGCUUUAUGCAAAGAGGAGACGGGAGCAAACAGAGGUGAACAUGAAGGAACGUGACACCUGGUUGUCCCCCAAAAGGCAGACCAGCCCCAGUUUAGAGAUACACAAUGUAAUUCGAAAACAAUCAGAAGCCGAUCUUGCUGGGACCAGACCAGAAAUGAAGAAUUCUUCUUUCCGGGCCCGUCAUGGAGAAGAUAAUCCUGAUGAUCUUUCUGGAGACUAUGAUAAUAUGGCUGUCAAUAACUCAGAGAGUGGCUUUGUGACAUUGGCUAGCACUGAAAGUGGAUUUGUCACCAAUGAUAUAUAUGAACUCUGCAAUGACAGAGUAGGGCGAAGCAAGGAGUCAGCCUGGGUAGAAAAUGAAAUCUAUGGAUACUAAAGAUGACACUUGGGAUACGAAGCAAAGGGAAAUGAUCCCAUUCACACCAGCUCUGACACACAGAGACAUGUCCCUUGUAUGCAAAGGAAUGUGGGUCUGCAUUUGGCAAUGCUUAGGGUUUUAUGAGGACGUGUGUUUUUUCCUGAAAGUGGAACACGAGGGAACAUGUUUUAUAUAUGUAUGCAGAGCUUUUAUUCAAUUGAAGAAAUGGCCUUUUGGGAUCUCGAUUCCAUUCCUUGUCAGAUGUACAUCAUCUCCUAAUAAUCUACAACUUGACAGUAUUUCUGCAUCGUAACAACAUGCACCUAAAUUAAAACUCCUGUGUUGUUGUUUUUAAUUGCUUAAUCCCAGAUGGGAUUUGUGGUGUUUUUUCCAGCUCCACAGCUAAAAAUACUACAGGUAUAGCAGGCUGUCUCCAUCACCACCUGGCUUUUACCAGCUGCCCAGUUCCCAGCUUUACCUGUUUUAUCAGCCUGAGAGUCAACGAUUUUCCAGCAAGGAGGGGGUUGUUCCUCUGUCGUUUUCUGCUUUUCUUAUCCACCCGGUUUACUUUCUUAUUCUCCAUCCCUCAUGACGCAUGAUAUGGAAACAAAUUCCAUCAAAACCAAUAAAACAGUCUGUACAGGGCGCUGGACAUUAAACAAAAACACUUAUUCCAAGGACCUGAAAUAUGAAAGAACUUACAAUGUCUGCAUAGGCAAUGCAUUUUACCCUAGGAAUGACUGCAUUCUCUAUCCCAGUCAUUUGGAAAGAUACUGCUAAACCCAAAACAUCAGAAACAUCUGCAUCUGAAGGGAGCCCUUGUCAAGAAGGCAUUUUUAAAGUGUCCUUAGAGGCUGUUGUACAAUAGACUUCUGUGUUGGGUUUGCUCGUCUGCCUUGACAGAAAGGUUGAACACCGGUCACUUAAUUCUGGAGGAAACAAGUGACCACCUCCUGACAUACUGUUGGCUCUUUUGCCCUGCAAGCUGCCAGCAAGCGUGUGGAAAACCAGCACAGCUGUAUUCCUACAAGUCCUGAUGUGGGUAGGAUUACCACGAAAGAUUACAGCAUAGGUUGCUGCUUUAUGAAAAGACAGAGGAAAAAACCCAAGAAUGUAAGAUGAGCGCUGCUAUGCCAGAGUAAGAAUCCAUCUAGUUCAGCAUCCAGCUUCCUACAGUGGCCAUAUAGAUGCCUCUGGGAAGCUUACAAG